CCCUGCCUCCCUGUCUGUCUGUCUCACUGCCUGUCUGUCUCUCUCUCAGGAGUCCACGUAUGGUACUCAUAUCCACGAGAAGCGAGAGGAGAGGGAGGCUCGUUUCUGUAACACGGUGCACGACAUCGUGAACAGGGAGGGUCGCUGUCUGAUCCCCGUGUUUGCUCUGGGACGAGCCCAGGAGCUACUGCUGAUCCUCGAUGAGUACUGGCAGAACCAUCCGGAGCUCCACGACAUUCCGAUCUACUACGCCUCGUCUCUGGCGAGGAAGUGCAUGGCCGUGUACCAGACGUACAUCAACGCCAUGAACGAUAAGAUCCGUAAAGCCAUCAACAUCAACAACCCGUUCGUCUUCAAGCACAUCAGCAACCUGAAGAGCAUGGAUCACUUUGACGACAUCGGGCCGAGCGUGGUGAUGGCGUCCCCGGGGAUGAUGCAGAGCGGUCUGUCCAGAGAGCUGUUUGAGAGCUGGUGCACGGACAAGAGGAACGGGGUCAUCAUCGCCGGUUACUGUGUGGAGGGAACGCUCGCCAAGCACAUCAUGACGGAGCCGGACGAGAUCGCUACCAUGUCGGGUCAGAAGCUUCCUCUGAAGAUGUCCGUGGACUACAUCUCCUUCUCGGCUCACACGGACUACCAGCAGACCAGCGAGUUCAUCCGGGCGCUCAAACCGCCACACGUGAUUCUGGUCCAUGGCGAGCAGAACGAGAUGGCCCGUCUGAAAGCGGCUCUUAUUCGCGAGUACGAAGAUAACGACGAGGUCGACAUCGAGGUCCAUAACCCUCGAAACACGGAGGCCGUUACGCUGAACUUCAGAGGAGAGAAACUGGCGAAGGUGAUGGGCUCUCUGACUGACAGGAAGUGUGUUCAGGGUCAGAGGGUCUCCGGGAUCCUCAUCAAGAGGAACUUCAACUAUCACAUUGUGACGCCCUCCGACCUCUCAAACUACACAGAUCUGUCUAUGGGCACCGUGACGCAGACUCAGGCCAUCCCGUACACCGGGCCCAUCUCGCUGCUGGUCAGUCAGCUCCGCAGCCUCGCAGGAGACGUGGAGCAGGUGGAGGGGACGGAGAAAAUCACCAUCCGGAUCUUUAAGAGCAUCACUCUGGUUCACGAGGCGGGCAUGGUGCUGCUGGAGUGGAUCGCCAACCCGCUCAACGACAUGUACGCUGAUGUGGUCACUACGGUGGUCCUGGAGGUCCAAUCCAACCCCAACGCUCAGAAAUUCCUCGAAGGAAAGAGAGACACCUUCGACGUGGACGUGUUCGUAGAGAGACUCGGACUCAUGCUGCACGACAUGUUCGGAGACGACUGCGUCAACUUCAAAGACGGUCAAAACCUGAGCGUGACGGUGGACGGAGUCACCGUCCUCAUUGACACCGAAACCAAAGCCGUGUCGUGUGCAGAAGAUGAGUCCUUGAGAGAGAUGGUCGAGGUCGCUGUCCACCGUCUCUAUGACGCCCUCAGCCCCACCUGUGAUGUCACCAGCAGGGGGCGCCCGCCUCCUGUCAGUGAUGUCAUCAGCGUCCCCAGUCAGCUGCUGAGUGACAGUUUGAUAUGAAACUUUCUUCUGUUUGUGUUUUUUUAAACACUUUGUUUCAAACUGAUUCCAAAGGAAUCUCUGAGGAGGCGGAGCGCCGACCUGAGCGCCGACCUGAGCGCCGACCUGCACCUGAUUUUGUGUUUCUGUAACGUGUCUGUGAAACAAUAAUAAACAUUCAGUGACUCUGUUUCUUUAAA